AUGAAGAGUCAUAGCAUUCGAGAGAAACUGUCGAUUGUACUCCCAUCCACAAUAGAAUCAAUUGCAGAAUGGUGUCUUUCCUCGGCGUCUCCAUCGUCGCAGGAGCGCGAGACGUCGCUUCUUCUGCGGCAGCCGUCGAGUAGCAAUAACAGGUAUGUGGCGGAGUCGUCUGCCCGCCGCCUCGGCUUCUGCCCCGCCCCUUUUGGCGACUUGCCAAGCUGACGGCUCGUAGAGCAGAAGCCGUAAUGUGCGGCGAGACGAGUCGAGUAGAGCACGAGUUUCCGGUUUUGAUGUUGCCAAUUUUUAGAGAGGAAACGAGUUUGACCGCUGCAGGUGCCACUGGUGAGUUGAACGGGGAAAUUGAAAAGAGCGGAAGAUCAGGCAGAAGGAGGGGAAAAGGGCGUGGUUCAUCGAAGAUUAUUCACUUCUGAGAAUGAAUUCAUAGCAUUCCAUUCAAGAACACACUUCAUUGCACUCUACUUUCUUCUGAAACGGAAACGAAAACGAAAUCGAAGCAAGUAAAGUUCGGCGCGUGAUUCUGAUUCACACUUGUUUGGCCACAUCCCUUCCCCUAAUUAUCCAGUUUGCCUUCUUCUUCUCCCCCUUCCUCUUCUUGCUCCUUUUUGUCCGAUGAACUUUCGUUUUCUGAAACGAAAGUUUUUUUCUGAAACGAAAGUCCUUCAUUUCAGGCGAGAGAUCUUCUGAUUGGCCGUGGGUUGAUCCGGAUGAGCCGAGCACGAAGCUGUGA